AUGCAGGAGCAUAUCCGCCGCGCACACCCCGAGCACUACAUCUCGAAGCUUCCAGCUACAGAAGAGAGCUUCCUGUUAAUGAUUAACACUCCACCAUCGGAGCGACGCCCUUUAGAUCAGACCUCAGCUCCAAAUGCUCAGGGUUUGUCCCACUCUCACUCCAGCCUGCCCCCGCCCAUUGACCACCUUCAAGGCUUUCACGAGCGACACAACUAUCAUCGCGACGAGUCGAGUAAUCCGGGCACUCCGCGCCUUCUAGAUGAUUUCAGUAAUGGCGGGCCGGUUUCAGGCCCAAUGCUUGGCACGGCCAGUGCCGCUGCUGCCCUAGCCGAACUUCAUGGCGUCAAGAGUGAACGCGACAUGGACUUGGACGGUGUGAGUGAAGUGCCCUUAAAAGAAUUCAAAUCAUCGCCAUCCAGGGCUAAUGAUGCACAGCGCGACUUUCUCCCUUCCAUUCUUGCAAACUCACCACCUGGAAGAUCCUCAACACUCCCACCUCUUCAGCGUUCUGUGGGACCUAAUCGGCCUCGCAAGCAGUCUGUUACAAAGCGAGGGCGAGAGCCUCACCACAAAAAGAAGAACUCUAAAGGUUCUGCAACUGACUGGCUACGCCGAAUUCAAAACGAAGAACGAUAUAGACCAGGUAAUGAUCGGAAGGCUUUGUCAGCAGAACCAUCCGCAGACUUCGGGAAGCGGUGGGAAGAUCUUAUCGAUGCAGCUGAUCAAGCCGCUUCUGCUGCUGGUGAUAUAGACGAAGACCGUACUCCUAUCAUCGUUACCGCCCUUUUCCCACCAGCCUCAAUUUCAGCCGGCCAGUUACCAAGCCUCGCCUCUCCAGCAGGCUCUCACGCCUCCAUCAUAUGGUCAGGAUGCUGUAGAGCCAUUUCCGUCCGUGGAGAGUGGUGA